CACCACCGGCCAUCUCUGCUUCAUUGUACGGGCUGCUGCUGAUGCUGAGACCAUAGCGGACUGGGCGAUUACCCCCCACCACCCCCCAAAAAUAAGUAGCAUGUUGUGGACACGGUUUCAUGCAGAUUAAGACUCCACGCAUGAUGUGAAUCAAUUACGAGCCCUUUUUCUGAUAGGAUAAUGAGAAAGAGGAGGAACUGGAAACCUUCGGAGUGCCUUGGAACGUUUCUGUAAAGUCUCAAUGAAUGCAUUUGAAGAGCCUCUCUAGUAUUUGACUCAAUGGCCAAGAAAGGGCGUACGAAGAGCGAGAAGCCCGAAGCGCUCAUCUCUGCCUUACAGGCAGCCAAUGAAGAACUCAGGUCCAAGCUGACUGACAUUCAGAUAGAGCUACACCAAGAAAAAUGCAAGGUGAGCAAACUGGAGCGCGACAAGCUUCAGGAGGUGAAGCGGGUGCGAGAGCAGGAGCAGCACCGCCACACUGCCAUGUUGACGGAACAGCGGGCCAAGUGGCACGAGGAAAAGCAAAAGGAGCUCCAGGCUCUAAGGGAAAACCUGACACGGCAGCAUGAGCAGGAGCUGGCCCGCCACGCCAAAAUCAAAGACCAAGAGAACCAGAGGCUCAAAGCGGCACUGAGCGCCAUGCGCGAUGGCAGCGGAGAGAAGGUGCGCACAGCACUGACCCUGGAAGCCAAGGAGGACGCACGUCGCUUCUUUGACCAGGAGAGAGUGAAGCUCCUGCAGGAGAUCAUGGAGCUGAAGUCCGCUAAGAAGCAGACCGACGAGGCUCUCAGCAAUAUGAUCCAGUCCGACAAGAUGAAGGCUGGUGACCUGCGGGUGGAGCACCAGCAGCACCAGGAGCAGAUCUCCAAGAUCAAGUGGGACUGUGAGAAGGACAUUCGCAGACUGGUGGAUGAAAUCAAAUCUAAAGACCGGACCAUCUUUGGUCUGGAGAAGGAACUGGAGUCGGCGGUGGGUUUCUUACAGAAGCUGCAGCUACAGAAGGACGCCCUCGACGAACAACUGUUCCUCGUCAAGGAGGCUGAGUGCGGCCUGGGAAGUCCGAAAAGAGAGAUUCCAGGCAGGGCUGGAGAUGGAGCAGAGCACUGUGGUAGUCCAGACUUGAGGAGAAACCAGAGGCGCAUUGCUGACCUCAACUCGACUAUCCGCAAGUUAGAAGACCGCAACUCACUACUGGUCGAUGAAAGGAAUGAACUGCUGAAGCGAGUUCGAGAGUCAGAGAAGCAGUGUAAGCCACUGCUGGACAAGAACAAGCUGCUGUGUAAGAGGAAUGAUGAUUUGACUCAGACUAUCCAGAAGCUGGAGGAGAAACUGAAGAUCCUGGCCAAGGAGAACCAUGAGAUGAAGGAGAAGAUCAGCUCUCAUCCUCCGCUGAAGAAGCUCAAGUCUCUAAAUGACCUGGACCAAGCACAUGAUGACCAGGAAAUAGCCUUUCUCAAGCUUCAAGUCCUGGAGCAACAAACCAUGAUUGAUGAGCUGACAAGAGACCGGGAAAAACUAUUACGAAAGAAAAGGCAUAAAAGAAGUUCGAGACCGAUAAAGAGGCACAUCGUAGUAGACACAUUUUUUGGGUACGAUGAGGAGUCUAUGGACUCUGAGACAUCUUCAGUGGCUUCGUUCCGGAUGGACAGAACUCCUGCUACUCCUGAUGAAGACCUGGAGGAGGGUCUCGCCAACGAGGAGUCGGAGCUGCGUUUCCGUCAGCUGACCAGGGAGUAUCAGGCCUUACAGCGAGCCUAUGCCCUGCUGCAGGAACAGAAAGGAGGCAUUCUGGACGCUGAGAUGGAAGCCAAGGCCCAGGAGCAGAUCCAAGCAGACGUUCUCAGGUAUAAGGCCAAAAUAGAGGACUUGGAGAAGGAAGUGACCCUGAAGGGACAGGACUCCAAAUGGGUUGAGGAGAAACAGCUCUUCUUACGAAGGAAUCAGGAGCUAUAUAAUAAGGUUGAAAAGAUGGAUUCAGAGUGCAGUCGGCUGCAGCAGGAGCUACAAGACUCCAAAGACCAAAAUGAACUGUUAGAGUUUAGGAUACUGGAGCUAGAGGAGCGUGAGAGGAAGUCCCCUCCAUUCAACCACCUGAGGAUGCAUCCCUUCUCGGAAGGAGUCAGUGCACUGCAGAUCUACUGUAUGAAGGAGGGGGUCAAGGACGUGUGCAUACCAGAUCUCAUUAAACUUUUAGAUAUCCUGGGAGACAACGGGAACUUAAGAAAUGAAGAGCAAGUGGCCAUUAUUCAAGCUAGCACUGUUUUGUCACUUGCAGAAAAGUGGAUUCAACAGAUUGAGGGGACAGAGGCAGCGCUGCACCAGAAGAUGGUGGACCUGGAGAUAGAGAUGGAUAUGUUCUGUAAACAGAAAGGAUAUCUAGAAGAGGAGCUGGACUACAGAAAACAAGCUUUGGACCAGGCUUAUUUGCAAAUACAGGAGUUGGAAGCAACAUUAUACAACGCCCUGCAGCAGGACAAGGUGAUAAAGUAUGGUGAGCCUCUGGAUGAGCAUCAGAAGGACGAGCUGCGGACGGCGGUGGAGAAGCUGAGGAGGCAGAUGCUGAGGAAGAGUCGAGAGUACGACUGCCAGAUCCUCCAGGAGAGGAUGGAGCUGCUGCACCAGGCACACCAGAGAAUUCGUGACCUUGAAGACAAGACAGAAAUCCAGAGGAGGCAGAUUAAAGACCUGGAGGAAAAGUUUUUGUUUCUGUUCUUGUUCUUUUCUCUUGCCUUCAUCCUUUGGCCUUGAAGUCUUUGACGUGUCCUGUAGCAGAGGUGGUGUCUCAGCUCGAAGAUCUUGUUUGUGACCGCAAUGUUAUUUAUUUUCUGGACAAGUGUGGAACAAUGUGCGCAGCAGUGGCUGCUAGUGUCAUUACAUCAGUAACUGCUGUCAGUAUAGGUGAAUGUGUUGUGUGUUGGCCAUGGACACUUUUCGAUUUUUCUUCUUUUUUUUUUUCGUUUUUUUUUUAAGUGGGGUAGGGUUCUCAGGAUACUGCCCAGGUUACAGCGGUGUUAAACGUCUGUCCAAACCGCUGGGAUUACUGUAAAAGGCUGCAAGAAUCACACACAAUUAGAGAGACACUUACAGUAGAAGCAGACACACACACACCUAUAUACACACAGUUCACGGACACGCAUGCAAUAUACAGACGCAUGCAGAUGCAAACACACACAUGUGCUUUGACAAAUCCAAACCAAAGCCUGGGAAAAGUUCUCUCUGCCAUGCAGGGUAAUAAUAUGUCUUUCAUCAAUAGUUAGCCACAGUGGAAAUAUAAACAGACGGAGACGCUGGUAGACAAUGAGGCAAACAAACCGCCGGACCACAAUUUCUCUUCUCUUUCUCUCCUUUCCUUUCUUCUCCUAACCCAAAAGGACGUUCUUCACGAAUGCAACCUCUUGGUGAUAUAGAAGCGAGCUAACUCAGGGCCCAUGAGUGCAGAGGCCAGUAACUGGUCUCAGGUCAGAUUAUAUAUAAGGAACACUAUAGGACGUGGUGCGACACUGGCUGGCCUGUCCUUGGUUAUACCUGGAAUAAAGAUAGAACUGCACUGCAGAGACUGGUGUGUACAGACACUAAAAGUGGGGUACGGGACACUAAGGUUGACACGUCUUCACCGGACACACAAAACAACUGUGAGCAAAGAGAGGUAAAAAGAGAAAGAAAAGAUCACCCCGGAUAGGACACUCUGAUCCAGCUCCACUCAACCUGGAUCUCCACAGAAAUGGCUUCUUUAUUUUUUUCCCCCAAAAACCAGCAGACUGUAAGAGCUUUACUCUCUGGUUGUCUUUCUUUUUUACACCUCCUACCACUCGGAUACUGUGUCCCAAGAUACCCACUGAGAAAACUUCUGUAUUGUAAUAUAAAUAUUUGUUGAUAUGUACAUGUGUCGGAAUUAUUUAGUCUAGUAUCCCCUUUUAAUUCUGUGAAUAGAUGCACUUUUAUUUUACUCUCUGAAGCAGCUUGAACAGUUGAUGUAGUUUAUAAAUGACUCCUAAGGGUAUACAAUGCUCUGUUUUUGCUAUGUUUUUUGUGGUGACGGCUGCAAAGAAGAACUUUAUUUCCCUAAAGAUUAUAACUGAAAAAUCGUUGGAACAUGAAUGUGGUAUAAUGAAAUAUUUGCCUCCCUUUCUAUUUUUUCUCCCUCUGUCACACAUACUUGUAUUUAUUGAUCUAUUAUUUAAACAUGAGUUGCUCUGGUUGACCAGUGGGGGGGGACUGGUUUCACCUGGGCAACGUUCAGUUUGCCCUUUAAUGUAACAUCUUGAUCUUUUAACAAACCUGUAAAUAUUUUCAGACUACUUUGCAAAAUAUCUUUAUCGACUCUGGUCAUAUGAUUGGUCGGUUAAAAUUCAAAUCUAAUAGUUAUGUCAUUAGUACUUCCUUCUUCUCUCUGUCUCAAGAUCACUGUAGGUUCUUGCUCUACUGCUGGUUCUCUCACUCUUUUUUUUACUAACAAUAACGUCUUUGAUACUAACAACCCUCUUUUAACAAACAAUUCUUGCCACUUCCCCAAAGUGUAACAGGAGAGAGUGAAUGCAACACUAUACCUGCUCCACUUUUCUCUUGCCCAGUCCCUGCAAUAUGUACCAGUUGACUGUGCUUGUUCCCUAUGUACCUGAGCUAGUGUAUCUGCCAUCAUAUCACCCCUCUGGCCCCAUUCACAGGUGUAGGGUAUCUAGGCAUCUCAUUACAUAGCGGACAGUAACUAUGACCCCCUCCCCCCUCCAUUCACUUUAUCAAGGGGAAUGAAUGAGACUAUUUUUGUGCAAACUCAGCUAACUAGCAGUUGCCUUAAAUGCACUUUCCCCCUUUCUUCCCCCCAUGUAUGUUCUUUUUAACUCUUUUUUUUUUUAAUCAAGCGGUUGAUAUUAUGUAAAAUGUAUAUAUUUUGUCUUUAUUUCACAGAGGAUUUUUUUUUAUCUUUACCCUGUCUGUCUUCCAACGAGAAUUUAACCCCUCCUACUUGCGUCUAGAUUAUUACCGAAACUGAUAAAGGAGUAAUGCUGUAAAAAAUAAAAAUACAAACAGACAUGGCCUUUGACCUUAAAGAAUG